ACAGUAGUUGGAAAAUCACGGUGUGAUUAUUUCGGGCGGACGAUAAUGUCGCGGUAUUUAAUAUCGGUUACACUGAUCCUGGCGAUCGGUGAUCUGCAUCAAGUAUACGCAGCGAGAAUUCUCGGCAUAUUUCCGAUGCCCUCGUUGAGUCAUCAGGUCGUAUUUAGGGGAUUGACUUUGGCGCUAAGGGAGCGAGGUCACGAACUCGUUGUAGUCACUCCGAACCCGAUCAAUGAUCCGACCCUGAAGAACUACACGGAGGUGGAUGUGAGCUUUCUGUAUGAUAUCUUCAAUAAAGAGACGGAUUGGAUCGCUGGUCGGAAUGAAGACACGUGGCUUGGAGUCCUAAGGAGAAUAACACCAAUCUUCAUGAUGAUGACCGAAGGCGCUCUUGGCCAUUCGGAAGUACGAAAGCUUUAUUCGCCGAACAGUGGGGAAAAGUUUGACUUGAUGUUAAUUGAGAUGCUUUACUGGCCAGCCUAUUUACCCCUAGCAAAACGAUUCGACGUUCCAGUGGUGGGUAUGGCGUCUCUGAGUCUCUCAGUUUACAUGCAAUACGGAAUCGGGAAUCCCAUAAUGGCUUCUCAUCCAUCAAAUUGGGAUUGCGGUGCGGCGGUUUUGGGAGACCUAACAUUUUGGCAAAGGUUAAAAAACUUCGUACGAACGUGGAGAUUUCUAUACUGGUAUAGAACAGAUUACAUGCAGAAACAGCAAGAGAUUGCGAGGAAAUACUUUGGAAAUGAUAUUCCUGAUAUCGGUGACGUUGAAAAAAAUAUCAGCCUAGUUUUCGUGAAUCAACAGACACCGAUUACAUUCGUGAGACCAAACAUUCCCAAUAUUGUAGGUAUCGGUGGGUUUCACGUGUCAAAUCAGAGCGAGCCUUUAUCGAAGGACCUUCAGAGGACCUUGGACGAAGCAACGCAAGGCUUCAUAUACAUGAGCCUUGGAUCGAACGUCAAGAGCGCAACGUUGAGUAAAGAAACGCGGGGCGAAUUCAUAGCGGCGUUUUCAAAACUCCCGUACAUCGUUAUUUGGAAAUUUGAGAAUGACUUUCUCCCGGACAAACCGGACAAUGUUUUUACCGUAAAGUGGGCACCGCAGCAAUCUAUUCUAGCGCAUCCGAAUAUAAAAGCUUUCAUAUACCAAGGAGGACUUCAGAGUACAGAGGAAGCAGUUUCUUACGCUGUUCCGGUGAUUGGGCUACCAGUGUUUGCCGAUCAGGACACACAAGUCGAUAAAAUGGUGUCCCUCGGUGUUGGAAAGCAGUUAGAAAUUCUCACCGUAAACAGGGUGAAUCUGGUGGAAACAAUUGAAUCCGUCGUAACCGACAGCAGUUACAAGGAACGAAUGUUGAAAUUACGAGAUUUGAUGGAAGACAAGCCGUACGAUUCGUUGGAGAACGCGGUCUGGUGGACGGAACACGUGAUACGUCACAAAGGUGCUCCUCAUCUUCAUUCGACGACAGCCGACGAUCCCUGGUAUCAGCAGCAAAACAUGGACUUGAUCUUUAUCAUUUCAUCUGUGAUUUCGAUAGCUCUGAUUACAGCACUAGUUGUACUGUACAAAGUAUUGGUUCACAGUGUCCGUUUGCUAAACCGCAAUCAUCUACCGGUUGACCAAAAAGACAAAACAACGUGGCUCGAAAAAGUGCAGGACUUAGCAGAGGAGUUCAUGCUGAUGAGCCAACGCAUCCUAAGUCAUUCAGUUGUGAAAAAACUGUAUGCACCGAACAGUGGAGAAAAGUUUGAUUUGUUGAUAAUUGAGAUGCUUUCUUGGCAAGCCCUUUUACCUCUAGCCAAACGAUUCGACGUUCCAGUUAUUGGUAUAUCAUCUCUCGGUCUAUCUCUUCACUUACAAUAUGGAAUUGGAAAUCCAGUAAUGCCUUCUCAUCCGGUGCACUGGGACGCUGAGAUAAAAGUGCUGGGAAAAUUGUCUCUUUGGCAAAGGUUGUGGAACUUUGUGUACGCGUGGAGAUUAGUGCAUUUUAUCGAAACGGAUUGUUUGCCGAGGCAACAAAUGAUUGCGAGGAAAUAUUUUGGAAAUGACAUUCCUGAUAUUGCUGAUAUGGAAAAAAAUAUUAGCCUCGUUUUCGUCAAUCAGCCAGCACCGAUUUCGUUUGUGAGUCCAAACAUUCCCAAGAUCAUCAAUAUCGGUGGAUUUCAUGUCUCGAAGCAUAUUGAGACUCUGUCACAGGACCUUCAAAAGACUUUGGACGAAGCGACGCACGGCUUUAUAUACAUGAGCCUUGGAACGAACUUUAAAAGCACCAUGUUGAGUAAUAAAACGCGAGGAGAGUUUCUUGCCGCAUUUUCACAACUGCCCUACAUCGUAAUUUGGAAAUUUGAGGAUGAUAUUCUUCCUGGCCGACCGGACAACGUGAUAACCAUGAAGUGGGCCCCACAGCAGACUAUUUUGGCGCAUCCGAAUAUAAAAGCUUUCAUAUACCAAGGCGGACUCCAAAGCACAGAGGAAGCAGUUUCUUACGCUGUUCCAGUAAUCGGGUUACCAACUUUGGGAGAUCAGUACACUCACGUAAACAAAAUGGUGUCCCUAGGCGUUGGGAAAAAGUUGGAGAUUCUCACUUUUAACAGAAUGGAUUUGGUGGAAGCGAUUCGAUCCGUCACAACGGACGUCAACUACAAGCAACGAAUGCUGAAAUUACGAGAUUUGAUGGAAGACAAGCCGUACGAUUCGUUGGAGAACGCGGUUUGGUGGACGGAACACGUGAUACGUCACAAAGGUGCUCCUCAUCUCCAUUCGACGACAGCCGACGAUCCCUGGUAUCAGCGUCAGGACAUGGACUUGAUUUUCAUUAUUUCUACCGUGAUUUGGAUAGCUUUCAUCGCUGGUGUUUUGCAGCAGGGAUAUGCAUCGAGAAUACUUGGAAUCUUUCCGUUCCCUUCGAUCAGUCAUCAAAUCGUAUUUCGAGGGCUGACCGUGGCUCUCAGGGAGCGAGGUCACGAACUCGUUGUCAUCACUACCGACCCGAUCAACGAUCCAACCUUGAAGAACUACACGGAAAUUAAUGUGAACUUUCUAUACGAGGACUUUAAUGAAGAUGUAGACUGGAUUGCAACCCGAAAAAAGAGGACAUGGCUUGGAUUGUGCCACGACAUAUUUCCAAGACUUAUACCAAUGACUGAACGAGUUCUUAACCACCCUGAAGUUAAAAGGUUAUAUUCACCAGAAAGCGGGGAAAAGUUUGACUUGUUAAUAAUUGAGAUGCUUGUAUGGCCCGCCUUUCUACCUCUCGCCAAACAAUUUGAUGUUCCGAUCAUAGGCAUGACAUCUUUAGGUUUGCCUCUUCAAAUACAGUAUGGCAUCGGCAAUCCUAUCAUGCCAUCUCAUCCAGCUCAUUGGGAUGCCGAGAUAAAAGAGCUCGGGAGAUUAUCGUUUUGGCAAAGGCUGCAGAACUUUGUGCACGCGUGGAGAUUCGUGCACUUUUACAGAAACGAUUAUUUGCCAAAGCAGCAGGCAAUCGCGGAGAAACAUUUUGGACGCGGCAUUCCUGAUGUUGCAGACAUGGAAAAUAACGUUAGUUUGGUUUUCGUCAAUCAGCAAGCACCGAUUUCGUUUGUGAAACCAAAUAUACCCAAGAUCAUAGACAUCGGUGGAUUUCACGUCUCAAAGCAGAUUGAGCCGCUGUCGAAGCACCUUCAGAGAAUCCUGGAUGAAGCGACGCAAGGCUUCAUAUACAUGAGCCUUGGAACGAACGUCAAGAGCGUCAUGUUGAGUGAUGAAACAAGGGAAGAAUUUCUGGCAGCCUUUUCGAAACUACCCUACACCGUCAUUUGGAAAUUCGAAGAUGAUAUCCUCGUCGGCCAGCCAGAUAACGUAAUAAUCAUGAAGUGGGCUCCGCAGCAAUCCAUCUUAGCGCAUCCCAAUAUCAAAGCUUUCAUAUACCAAGGAGGACUUCAGAGUACAGAGGAGGCGAUUUCUCACGUUGUUCCUGUGAUCGGGUUGCCAGUAUUUGCCGAUCAGGAUACACAUGUCAAUAAAAUGGUGUCCCUUGGCGUUGGAACAAAGUUAGAAAUCCUCACUGUGAACAGGACGGGUUUACUAGAAGCGAUUCAAUCCGUUGUGCUCGACGGCAGCUACAAGCAGCGAAUGUUGAAAUUGCGGGAUUUGAUGGAAGACAAGCCGUACGAUUCGUUGGAGAACGCGGUUUGGUGGACGGAACACGUGAUACGUCACAAGGGUGCCCCUCAUCUGCACUCUACGAUAGCCGACGAUCCCUGGUAUCAGCGACAAGAUAUGGAUAUAAUUUUUAUUAUCACUACAGCGAUUCUGACGGCUCCAAGUAUAUCAGCAGUUGUAUAUUUCGAAUCAACGAGCAUGUCGCGUUGUUCAAUUUUCGCUGCACUGAUCCUGGUCGCGGGUGUUUUGCAUCAGGGACGUGCCUCAAGAAUACUCUGCAUAUUUCCAAUGCCGUCGUUAAGUCAUCAAGUCGUAUUUCGAGGGCUUACCACGGCUCUGAGGGAGCGAGGCCACGAGCUGGUCGUUAUCACCACGGACCCAAUCAACGAUCCAACCCUCAAGAAUUACACGGAGAUAGAUAUAAACUUUCUGUACGCUGACUUUACCAAGGAUGUUGAUUGGAUUGCCACUCGGCACAAGGUGACUUGGAACGAAUUGUUCCAAUCCGUCGCGCCAAGGUUUAUACCGAUGUCCGAACGGGUUCUCAAACAUCCGGAUGUGAAAAAGUUGUAUUCACCAAACAGUGGGGAGAAGUUUGACUUGUUGAUAAUCGAGAUGCUGUAUUGGCCCAGCUUUUUAUCUUUCGCCAAAUAUUUCGAUGUUCCAGUUAUAGGUAUGACAUCGUUCGGGCUGCCUCUUCAAAUGCAUUACGGCAUCGGCAACCCCAUAAUGCCAUCUGAUCCGGCGCAUUGGGACACUGAGAUAAAAGCCCUGGGAAAAUUGUCGCUUUGGCAACGGUUACAAAACUUCGUGUACGCUUGGAGAUUUUUGUAUUAUUACAGAACCGUUUAUUUGCGAGGACAUCAGGAAAUAUCUAGAAAAUAUUUUGGAACUGAACUUCCUGAUAUUGCUGAUAUUGAGAGAAAUGUUAGUUUGAUUUUUAUCAAUCAGCAGGCAGCGAUUUCGUUCGUCAGGCCAAACAUUCCUAAAAUCAUAGACAUCGGUGGAUUUCAUAUCUCUAAGAAAAUUCAACCGCUGUCAAAGAACCUUCAGAAGACUUUGGACGCUGCGACGCAAGGCUUCGUAUACAUGAGCCUUGGAACGAACGUCAAGAGCGUCAUGUUGAGUAACGAAACAAGGGAAGAAUUUCUUGCCGCGUUUUCAAAACUGCCCUACACCGUUAUUUGGAAAUUUGAAAAUGAGAUUCUUCCUGGCCGACCAGACAACGUGAUUAUCAUGAAGUGGGCUCCGCAACAGUCCAUCUUAGCGCAUCCCAAUAUAAAAGCCUUCAUAUACCAAGGAGGACUUCAGAGUACAGAAGAGGCGAUUUCUCACGUUGUUCCUGUGAUCGGGUUGCCAGUAUUUGCCGAUCAGGAUACACAAGUCAAUAAAAUGGUGUCCCUGGGUGUUGGCAAGAAGUUGGAAAUCCUUACUCUCAACAGGAUAGAUUUAGUGGAUGCGAUUAACACCAUUGUGCUCGACGGCAGCUACAAGCAACGAAUGUUGAAAUUGCGGGAUUUGAUGAGAGACAAGCCGUACGAUUCGUUGGAGAACGCGGUUUGGUGGACGGAACACGUGAUACGUCACAAAGGUGCUCCUCAUCUCCAUUCGACGACAGCCGACGAUCCCUGGUACCAACAGCAAGAUAUGGACCUAAUUUUCGUUAUCUCUACCACAAUUUGGAUAGUAUCUAUUGUAGCACUAGUUGUAUUAUACAAGGUGUUGGUACACAGUGUCCAUUUGCUAAACCAUAAUCGGAAAUUAGUUGGCAAAAAAAACAAAGUACAUUAGAUUACAUCUGAGACUUUGUCGCAGUAGGUAUUUUCCGAAAGACAUUUGUGUAAAAUAGAUAUUAAAACUGAGUGCCACGGGGUGUAUCAAAUACCCCAAAGGAUCCAACAGGAAUCUAAUGUCUAUCCGAUAAUUGAGCAGAUACGUAAUUCAAAGAGUUGCCAAGUAAAUGGUGUUGGAAAUAUCAGCACACAUUCGACACCCACUUUAUACAAUACACGGUUUAUUUGACGUUU